AACAGCUCCAUCAAUUAUGCAAGCAAAACGAUCUCGAUAUUGACAUUGCAGAGGUGAAAUGGAACAAGAAACCUUGAGUUGUGCUGCACAGCGAAGGCUAACUGCAUUUCCCUGCUUUAAAAAUACAAUAAUCGUUGAAUUUUGCCAGUGAAGUGCUUCAGCUCGAGGAUAAAACUAACAUAGAGAUGUCACCGGUCGAAACUCCAAACGUUGUACAGUUUACAGUUGCAGAAUGGUACAGUAUCAUAUUCUAUCAUUAACAGAGCACUGAAAUGAUAUUUUUGCAGUUUGUUUCAACAAAUGAAUCACGAAUGACAUUCCCCUUAGUAGCGCCCAAUCCUCGUGUCUAGGGUCCUGAGUUAAACUAUCAGCCCGAACCUGCGAGUAUCAAGUUUCUUAGCGGUUAUAGAGUCGUACAGCAUGGAAACAGGCUCUUCGACCCAACUUGCCUAUUCCGACCAAGUUGCCCCUCCUACACUAGUCCCACCUGUCUGCAUUUGUUCUAUAUCCCCCUAAACUUUCCAAUCCAUGAAUUUGUCCAAAUGUCUUUUAAAUGUUGCUACAGUAACAAUGCACCUUUAGAUCGUCCCGCGACAGAAGGUCACAUUUCGACAUUAGAAGGUCACAAUUUUGACAGCGGGCAUGUUACAUAUCUUCAAUGUUAUCCCGGUGCGGAACAAUGACACUGCCAUCCGCCAACAACCGUGGGUCAAACCUAGCAACGACAUAUAAAGUGUCCACACUACACCUCCACAUCAACUGGCAGGCUGUGCUUAUUCUGAAGUGCGAUGUUUACAACUGCAGUGUUAAUAUUUGCCCACUGACCUGCUGAUAAAUAAAUGUCCAGUUCUAUGCAUUUUCACAUUUAUUUACCAGAGCCCAAGUUGAUUUUUUGUGCGCACGUGAUUGUGUUUGCUGGGAGACGCCUCUCCUGAAACCCAUUGCCAUUCGGCGAGCACUGAUUGCUCCCUCCUUCCUCGCUCCCCCGUUGUCCAUCGCUUGUCAGACCUGUCUGCUACACCGCAUCAAUAAUACAUUAGCUGCUGACUGUAUAUACCCCAGGAUGUGCUGCGCCACAAGCUGAUGGCAGAAACACUGUUUGCUCAGCUAAGAUUGUGGAGCCUGACUCGAACCGAAACCUCCUUCGUAUUGGGGAGGGGGUGGGGAUCGGUCUUGGUGGCGUUCAAUGGUAAAGGUAUGCCGGUCAACCUGCGCAUCCUGGCCGUGUGCUUGCUGCUCCGGCUCCACACUGCAGGGUGCUUACCGGAAGAUCAUGAACACUUUGAGACAAGAGGUCGCAAAAUGCCAUUCAGUGGUGGAAAACCAGCAUUUAUCUAUCACCAACUACAAAGCAUUGAUAAAAGUGUGGACUUAACUGGCGUAGAAAUGCAAAGAAGCAGAAUCAGUGAGCCAUUGCUCAGCAAGUACAUAGACCGAGGCAGACCCCACCCUGCUAUGAUUGUCAAAUCCACUUUGCCAAGAGUCUCAAGUGAUCGAAGCACUCACUCUGUCACAAACGAUGACCAGUGGUCAGAAAUUGAAAACCUGCCUAUUCCAGAAGAAGACUUGGUAUCAGUGGUAAGUAUCAAUGUAAAAUUAACCCUUCUUCAGACCCUCUCUGAGGAGUCCUGCCUCCUCUCAGAAUUUAUUCUAAAUACUUUUGGAAAUGUGGCACUGCAUGUCCAGGGUAAAAUUAAUUCUUCUGUUGAUAUGCAGAAAACGGAGCUUUGUGUUUUGGGAAUUGUUUAUGCAAUUCAAUUAUUGUCUUGGUUUUUUUUUGUGCUUUGGAAAAUUACACAGGAAAAGAAAAACUGCAUUGAAUUUUAUAUCUCGCCAAUAAAACAUGAACGUGGUUUAUUACAUCCAAUACCUUCUGAAGAAGUGAUACAAUCACUCAAUGUAAACAUGAUGCACCAAAGUCUCUCUGAAUUUGGUAUCACGCAGGUUAUCCCUGAGAAAAAUGCUUUGCGUGGAGAACACAGAAGAGAUGGGCUGUGGAACAAGGAAGGUGUCUACACUGUUGUCAUUUUCCUCACUGCCUUUGUUAUUAUCAUUACGUGUUUGAUGUUCCUGUACAGGUUGAAGGAGAAACUUAAAUUUCAAAUCGACCAGGAUAAGCAACAGCAUCAACAGGUCAAUCUUGCUUCCAUUCCCGUGCAGCAGCCGCAAGCAGACGUCAAGGUUGCUAACAGCAUGGUGCAGCCCCUACCCCACUUUGGUGCCGUGAUCGUCAAUAUUGAUCCGCAUGGUCGGCCCGCACCAGAGAUCAAACCAUGCGUGGCAUCUGCCCCCUCUCCAUUCAAAAUGAAGCCAGGCUGCCUUCAGGAAAGGCGAGGCUCAAACGUAUCACUUACGUUGGAUAUGAGUACCUUGGGAAACGUUGAAACAUGCAGUAUUGCACCCACACCCCGUGAGAAAAUAUUCCUGGAGUAUCUACAAACUGCCAGCCAUGUGUUAACUAGAAUGCAACUGAAAGAAAUAGUUGCAAGUGCCCACUCCUUUCAAGCUGAAUUCAUGGAAAUUCCCAUGAAUUUUGUGAAUCCCAAGGAGCUGAGUAUCCCAUGUCAUGGAACUAAGAAUAGAUAUAAAACUAUUUUGCCAAAUCCACACAGCAGAGUGUGCCUGAUACCAAAGACUCAAGAGGAGCCCAUUAGCAGUACCUACAUUAAUGCCAACUACAUCCGGGGUUAUGGUGGCCAACAGAAGGCCUAUAUUGCAACCCAGGGGCCUAUGAUCAAUACAGUGAAUGACUUCUGGCGGAUGGUUUGGCAAGAGGAUUGCCCUGUGAUUGUCAUGAUAACCAAACUGAAAGAAAAAAAUGAGAAAUGUGUUUUGUAUUGGCCAGAGAAGCGUGGAAUAUAUGGCCAAGUUGAAGUUCUUGUGAACAGCAUUACUGAACGUGAGCAUUAUGUCAUCCGCGAUCUUACUCUUAAGCAUGAAGGCAGAUUUCAAAACAUAAAGCACUUCUGGUACAAAUCCUGGCCUGACCACAAGACGCCCAACAGUGCUCAGCCGCUGCUGCAGCUCAUGCUGAAGGUGGAGGAGAGCAGACAGAAUUCACCUGGCCGAGGACCCAUAGCGGUGCACUGCAGUGCUGGGAUAGGAAGGACUGGCUGCUUUAUUGCCUUCACCAUUGGAUGCCAUCAGCUCAGAAAUGAAGGAGUGGUCGAUAUCCUGAGCAUUGUUUGCCAGCUGCGAGUGGACAGGGGAGGAAUGAUCCAGACCAGUGAACAGUACGGAUUUGUACAUCAUGCUCUGAGUCUGUACAAAAAUGAAGUCUCACCUGACACAAGCCAGUGAAUCUAUCACAUGGUACGUUUCAUCCAGAGCAACCUUUAAUGCUGACUCGCAUGGGAGUAAGCAGGUAAAGCAUAGUUACGAGCUAGAAAACCCAGAAGUGGAACCACCUUGUCAAUUGUUUGACACUCACAGAAGUAAUGAAGCUAAAUACAGGAGGAUGGAGUUUGCCAGAUUACGCAAAGAUAUCUAAAUGAAUGUGGUAUAUAACUGAAAUUCUGUUAUAGGAAACUGACAAAAGUCACGUGGCAUAUUGUUUGUGUCUAAUAAGGUUCUUCAUGUUACAUUAAAUUCAACAAUUAUUACAGACUCUGUGGUCUAUGAACCUACAUUGGAAUAGCAGUGCUGGUUGAAAUUGUUUGUGGGAGACAAGGGUUAGAAGUAAAAUUGCCAGCCAUGUAUCAAAUAUUUCUGCAUUCCAAACUGACAGAGCUGUUAAUGUGAUUCAUUAAUAUGUACCAUGUGAAAAGUGCUAUUACAUAAUGUGGUGGAUUAUUUUUUUUUUUGCCACAAACCUGUAGUUGGCUUGCUGCCGAAAACACACAAGUGUUUACUUCAUAAAUUAACAAAAAACUGUCAAAUUCAGAACCUUUUAAUAAUCCAUAAAUGUUUUGUAUGUAAUGUGAUAUGGUGUUAAAUUGUAUGCACAUUGAUAAUGCAAACUAGCAGUCAAAUUGCACAAUGUUAAUCCAGUCAUUCCAUGUAUUCUUAUGUUCAUGAAUUUGUAUUUUAUUGAGACUGUUUUACUGUAAGAGCUUUCUAGAUAUUAAGCAAACCUGUGAUUAACACUCAGCAUUGUUUGCUCUCUUGUCCUCUCUCCGGGCAUAUAUAUUAUAGUUAGAUAUAAUACAGUAUAUGGAGAUAUACAAAUCUUUAAACAAAGUGAAUAUCGUGAAAUUGUGUCAAUUUGUGUUCCUCUUGGGAUAGCAGUGUACACUGUAAAUCUGUGAGAAUAUAUAUACAGUAUAUAUAAAUAUAUAGCAACAUAAUAAUGGAAAACCAAAACUAUGAAGCAUUGAUGUUGUUUAAACUGUAUGCAACUAUUUGGCAUUUGUUCCAGUUGAUGAAAUGUUUUAAAUUCCUUUUUGUCAGUGCAGGAAAUUGUUUACAUGAAUAAGUUUUUUACAGAAAUCAGUGCAGAAUCUGCACUGGAUUACUCCUGUUUUUAUUCACCUCUGUUAAUUUGUGUGUAUGUUGACAAUAAAUACACCAGAUCUUUUUUUUGAAAUGUUGCGUUCUGUGUAUUUUUUAAUAGCUGUAGCAUUGGGGUCUCCGAUUCCAUUUACCCCAAAAUAUUUGAGACUUGAGUCUAUUAUUUUAUACUCUGGACGUAUUCUGUCUUUUAUUUAAUAUAAAAUAUCCCCAUCAAGUUAAAAUGUUAGUAUUCCUGCUAGUGUCAGGCAAAUCAGAGCUAAAGUCUCAGAGAAACGCCCCAACUUAGCUACAAUAAUGAAAGUCUUGAUGCAUUGAAAGCUAACUACUGUUGAUGAAAGAUGCCCCUGUUUUUUUUGGAAAAAGACUUAGGAUGAUGAAUGAACUGCAUUAGAAUUAGAUCAUUGGCUGAAACGCCAACUCAGCUCUCUCUCCACAGACGCUAUCUGGCCUGCUUGAUGUUACAAGCAUUUUUAUCCAGAUUUUUAGCGUCUGCAAUAUUUUGUCUUUGUUCUACCGUUUUUGUCCAUUCAAGGAUUACCUGAGCG